AUGGAGCAUGAGGACCAGCUGACAGUCACGCCGGCGCAGAAGAAGCUGUUCGAGCUGCGCAUGAAGAUGAACGCGGGGAGGAAGGCCAACAAGCAGGAAGUGGCAGCAGAGCACGACCGCGUCAAGAACAACGACAAGAAGGCCAAGAAAGAGGAGCAGUACAAGAAGAGAGAGGAGAAGAAGCAGAUAGCAGCGAGCGGCAAGGCCCACCUGAACGAGACAGCCGAGGUGGGUGAGAUCAAAGCCAAGAAGGCUGGCAAGAAGGAGAAGCGGAAAGCAGCUUUUGGGUGGGGCGUCUUCAACCAGGAUUCGUUGUACAAGGGCUACAAGAAGCGGCUAGUGAACUUGCCGACCACAGGGGAAACCGCUGCCGCUGUUGCGUCCACCGGCGAAGACGCUCUUGGCGACGAGUUGUCUUACGGCAAGGACGACAAGGUGGAAGAGGAAAACGUGGAGCGCAUGGCGCAGGAGCUGGAGGAACGCAUCAAGGCCCGCAAGAAGUUCAGCCGCCGGCGCCAGCACUACGAGGGCGAGGACGUGGACUACAUCAACGGGCAGAACCGCAUCUUCAAUCGCAAGGCCUCGCAGGCCUUCGACAAGUACACCGUGGAGAUCCGGCAGAACCUCGAACGCGGCACCGCCCUGUAG